GGGGUCCAAUUCUGGCUCGCCUUUUGGAGCCUGGCCAUCAUAGACCUCACGGCUGCGCUGGACGGCGCGACGCUCGCACUGGCCCUGCCGGUACAAAAGGACUUACAGACAAUCACUGCAGACAUUGGCGGCGGCGACAUAGAGGCCUUUUGGGCCGGGACCUCGUACCUGCUGGCCAACACGGUCACUCUGCCGCUCUGGUGCUCCCUCAGCGACGCCUUGGGCCGCCGGCCCAGCCUGUUAGCCUGCAUCGCCUUUCUAACGGCCGGCUCCAUCAUCUGCGCCCGGGCGCAGAACUACUCUGUCCUGAUCGCCGGCCGAACCGUCCAGGGUGUUGCUGGAGGUGGCAUUCUUGGCCUUACGUAUGUGGUCAUCACCGAUUUGGUGCCGCUCAGGGCCCGACCGAAGUUUGUGGCCAUGCUGAACGCCCUCACGGCGCUGGGGAGCGUGACUGGGCCGAUUAUUGGCGGAGCGUGUGCGGUGACGGGGAAUUGGCCGUGGAUCUUCUGGCUGAACUUGCCGAUUUGCAUCAUCAGUACUGUCGGGCUGGUUUUCUUCCUCCGGCUGCAGGGCCAGCAGGCGAGGAUGGUCGACCAGCUGCGCGAGCUGGACUGGUUUGGUUCGGCCCUGUUCAUCGCGGCUUUUACUGCUUUUCUGGUGCCAGUGACGUGGGGCGGCCUUCAGUUCCCCUGGGGCAGCUGGCAAACGCUGGUGCCGCUGCUUCUGGGUGCGGCCGGCCUGGUCUGCGUGGCUCUACACCAGCGGUACCUCGCGCCACGACCUUUUGUCCCGCGCCAGAUGUUUGCCCACAGCAGAUGCGUGGCCAUCCUAUUCUUCGGCAGCUUCAGCAACGGUCUCAUUCUCUUCGGAAUCGUCUACUACGUGCCCGAGUACUUUCUGGGCGUAAAGGGCUACUCCUCCCUCGUCGCCGGUGCCGCCACCCUUCCCACCACUUUGAGCGCUAUACCCUGCGCCGUCGGCACAGGCAUUGGCAUCGCUAAGACAGGGCGGUACCGCUGGGCCCUACGGUACGGCUGGGCUGUCGCGGUCAUCGGCCUGUGUGUGCUGAUAGUGCAAGACGUCGACACCCCCGUCGCCGGCUGGGUCUUUAUCAACCUCGCCUCGGCCGUCGGGACAGGCAUGCUCCUACCUGCCAUCAAUCUUGCCCUGCAGGCGUCGGUGCCGCAGGCCCACGUGGCCAUGUCGACCACGCUGGUGCUCUUCUUUCGCUCCUGUGGCAAGACCGUCGGUGUGGCCAUAGGCAACCCCAUCCUCGACAACGUGCUGCGGACGCAGCUGCGCCAAUCUGAUCACCACGUGCCCUCGGCGUAUCUAGGGCUCAGCGCCAUCGAGAUAGUCGAGCUGCUCAACAGUGAGGCGACUCGGGCGGCACUGAGCCCGGCGCUGGUCUACACCUUAAGGAGCGCGCUUGUCACGGGAUUCCGGGCCCUGUUCGGCGCGCUUGCAGGUCUUGCGGCCGUAAACCUUUUGCUGCAGCUACCAAUGCAAGAGUUUUCACUCAAUCAGGAUCAUGAGACGAAC